ACAUCGCAGGCGACGGCGACCAAAGAAGUCCACUAACAUAUGGCAACACAAUUCAUAAAGCAUUCUAGACUUCAGCCUCUGAUACCGACCUUGUCACCCUCCGCACCAUAUCAUUCUACUUAGAUGAAUAGACCAGAUGUGGCUCCUUGUCUUGCGGAGACAAACCCACCAACGGCAUUUCGCUGUUCAAUUUAAACAGUUUUAAUAACGCCAUGUGGCUGACUGCCACUUCUGGAUGGUAAAAGUGCUCAGCUGAUGCCAUAUAGCCGCAAUAACCAGGAUGCCAUGAGUGGCUAAAUACCGAACGCAAUAUCCCUACGGCUCCAGACACCGGAGGAUCGGCUCCAACCCCACCAAACACAUGGAGCAAUAAUUUGAAAUCCGGGGUGCAGCACCCUUAUAACUUCACCAGCCACGGCUGUAGAUCAAUCACGUCUUCAUUCCGAUUCUACAAUGGCGCGAGCUCUUGUUUUAGCUGCCGCAGCGGCGACCUUGUUCCAAACAACGCAUUCGCAAUGCACUCCAGCCAGCACGAGCAAGACGUAUGAUUAUAUUGUCAUUGGUUCGGGAGCUGGUGGUAUCCCAAUCGCGGAUCGACUGAGUGAAGCGGGCAAGACGGUAUUGCUGCUCGAGAAGGGUCCACCAUCAAGUGGGAGAUGGGGUGGCACUAUGAAGCCAUCGUGGCUUCAAGGCACGAAUCUGACUCGCUUCGACGUACCAGGACUUUUCAAUCAGAUAUGGGCGGAUGGCAACGGAGUUGCGUGUGAUGACACAGGCGUUAUGGCAGGCUGUGUUCUAGGAGGAGGUGUGGCCGUGAACAGUGCGUUAUGGUGGAAACCGCAUCCCGCGGACUGGGACCGCAACUUUCCAGAUGGAUGGAAGUCGACCGACAUGGCCAAGUCGACCGAGAAAGUCUUCCAAAGAAUUCCCGGUACCACUAUACCGUCUACAGACGGCAAAUUAUACCUCCAACAAGGUUUCGAUAGGGUAUCGAAAGGUUUAGACGUCGCUGGCUUCAAACAGCUCAACAAGCCAAAUGACUAUCCAGACCAGAAGAACUUCACAUAUGGACACCCUGAAUUUUUCAUCGAGCAUGCUGAGAGGCAAGGUCCUCUGAGGACUUACUUAGAGACUGCUUCCGCGCGCACUGACAAGUUCACACUGUGGACGAACACAAACGCAAGAAGGGUGGUGCGGACCAAGGGUCAUGUCACCGGAGUCGAAUUAGAAUGCAAAAACGGAGCUGGCCAUUCGGGAACCGUCAAUGUGACGCCUGGUACAGGUCGCGUCAUCGUUUCCGCAGGCACGAUGGGUUCGGCGAAGCUUUUGUUCAGAAGUGGUAUUGGCCCAACCGAUCAGCUCAACGUUGUGAAAAGCUCGUCGACUGACGGAGCUACGAUGAUCUCGCAAGAUCAAUGGAUCAACCUUCCGGUUGGUUAUAAUCUAGAUGACCAUGUUGGCACUGACAUCCAGAUCUCUCAUCCAGACAUCGUUUUCUAUGAUUUCUACGCUGCCUACAACAACCCGGUUGCAGCUGAUAAAGACGCCUACUUGAGUUCCAGAACAGGUAUAUUGACGCAAGUCGCGCCCAACUUGGGCCCCAUCGCCUGGACUCAACACACACCCUCGGACGGAAUCGUUCGCCAUAUUCAAUGGCAAGCUCGUAUUGAGGGCAAUACCAAGACGGCAAUGACCAUCACUCAAUAUCUCGGCAAUGGCGCCAUCUCUCGUGGUCGAUUGACCAUCACGCCCCAAUUGAACACCCAAGUCGCUACUCCUCCUUACCUGAGGAAUGCGACAGAUAAAGAAGCCGUGAUUCAGGGCAUUGACACCAUGCGAAAGGCCCUGAGCAACGUUCCGAACUUGACUUGGAUCAAGCCUACAAGCGGCCAGGACACCACAGCCUUUGUCAACUCGAUUCCGACCAUCCCCGCCUCACGCAACUCGAAUCACUGGACUGGCACUAAUAAGAUCGGCACGGAUGAUGGCCGCAGUGGUGGAACUGCUGUCGUCGACCUUGAUACCAAGGUGUACGGAACAGAUAACCUCUUCGUCGUUGAUGCGUCAAUAUUUCCAGGAAUGACCACCGGUAACCCCUCUGCGGCUAUCAUCAUUGCUUCGGAGAAGGCUGCUGAGAGGAUCCUCGCGCUCCAAGCCCCAGCAAAAUCGCGUGUGAUGAGGGAUGCGCAAUAGAGUAGACGAGGUACCGAGGCUGAGAUAGUAACCACACACUUCAUGUAGCUGAGCGGAACUCUUCGACGUAAGACUGUCAUUUCCACAUGAUUCCAC